AUGACCACAAAAAGGGGACCAUUCCGGCUCGUCACCGUCAACACGGCUCCCGAACGAGCGAAGCGCCUUAUUGGACGCUUGAUCGAAACAUUGAAGGAUGACUACGAUAUCACUUACGUUGACAACUGUGAGAGCAUUGACCAGGUCAUACCCAAGGUCACUCAGCACAAACCCAACGUCCUGUUCUCUGCGUCGAUGUGGACUGCGGAAGAGGCCCAACAGAUCCAUUCACUAGCAAAGUCCAUAGUGCCAGAUAUCAAGUUACAUGCGAUCCCUACUGGUUUACAGGUUGAGAAAGGGCCCGAUGCCAUUGUCAACUAUCUGGUUGAAAAGGUUCCCCCGUUGUUGGAUUCUUGA